CCCUUUGGCCCGUAAUGAAGUCAGGGGGAGGCGAUAUUUGGCGCUGCAUCGAUGGACCAUAACCAUUAAAAGGGUAAAGAAGAAGAAGGAGGAAGCGAAAACCCGGGGUAGGGGAAGCACUGAUUGGUUAUUUUAAGCACGGGAAGUUUGCCGGCGUGCUUCUACUCACAUUAGAGUCCCCAGUCUUCUCCUGUUAACCUUCCCGCUUCUGCGCAGCACGACCCGGACAAAGCUACCCAGCCUGUCCCCUGUGUGUGUGUCUGUCUAUUUGUCUAUUAAGAGCAGUAUGUCUGAUUACGGCGGCCUACCAUCUAAUGGAGUAGGUGCUGGGUUGAAAAAGGAUGCUUUUGCAGACGCCGUACAACGAGCCAGACAGAUUGCAGCUAAAAUUGGUGGAGAUGGUGUGCCGCCUGUGUCAAACAACGGAGCUGAAAGUUAUCCAUUCACAGCACAGAAACGAUCCCUGGAAGAAGCAGACGAACCAAAUGCAAAGAAGGUAGCAUCACAGAGUGAAAGAGAUUCAGCAAUGUCUAUUGGAGCACAGCUAGCUGCUUUGUCUCAACAAAGUGUAAGGUCCUCUACAAUGACAGAAGAUUACAGGGUACCAGAUGGCAUGGUUGGUCUCAUUAUUGGAAGAGGAGGUGAACAGAUCAACAAAAUCCAACACGACUCUGGCUGCAAGGUCCAAAUUGCACAUGACAGUGCCGGUCUUCCUGAAAGAACUGUUUCUCUAACGGGGCCACCAGAUGCCAUACAAAGAGCUAAAGCAUUUAUAGACGACAUUGUGUCCAGGGGUCAUGAGUCGAGCAAUGGACAGCCAGGUUCUAUGCAAGAGAUGAUCAUCCCUGCAGGCAAGGCUGGCCUCAUUAUUGGCAAAGGAGGAGAGACAAUUAAACAGCUGCAGGAGCGAGCAGGAGUUAAAAUGAUUCUUAUUCAAGAUGGAUCUCAGCCACCCAAUGUAGAUAAACCCUUACGCAUCAUUGGGGACCCCUAUAAAGUGCAGCAAGCAAAGGACAUGGUCAAUGAAAUCCUGCGAGAAAGGGAUCACAGUGGCUUUGGAGACCGGAAUGAAUACGGAUCAAGGAUGGGAGGAGGUGGCAUUGAGAUUGCUGUGCCUAGACAGUCUGUGGGAGUUGUGAUUGGUCGAAGUGGGGAAAUGAUAAAGAAGAUCCAGAGUGAUGCUGGAGUGAAGAUACAGUUUAAACCAGAUGAUGGUACUGGGCCUGAUAAAAUUGCCCAUAUUAUGGGCCCUCCAGACCAGUGUCAACAUGCAGCCUCAAUUAUCACUGACCUGCUACAGAGCAUCCGGGCCCGAGAGGAGGGUGGGCAAGGGGGUCCUCCAGGUCCUGGUGCAGGGAUGUCGCCUGGAGGUCGAGGGUGGGGAAGAGGUCAGGGCAACUGGGGUCCUCCGGGAGGAGAAGUGACCUUCUCCAUUCCUGCUCACAAAUGUGGGUUGGUCAUUGGUAGAGGAGGAGAGAAUGUCAAGUCCAUCAACCAACAAACUGGUGCGUUUGUGGAGAUAUCUCGUCAGCCACCUCCGAAUGGUGACCCAAACUUCAAACUGUUCAUCAUCAGAGGGUCCCCAGAACAGAUUGACCAUGCAAAGCAGCUUAUAGAAGAGAAGAUUGAGGGUCCGUUGUGUCCAGUUGGUGGUGGUCCAGGAGGCCCAGGUGGUCCCAUGGAUCCCUAUAAUCCUGCUCCUUAUAACGCUGGGCCUCCUGGUGGAGCUCCCCAUGGGGCUGCACCUGGUGGUCCACAGUACCAUCCUCAGGGAUGGGGAAAUACUUACCAGCAAUGGCAAGCCCCAAAUCCACAUGAUCCCAAUAAGGCAGCAGCAGAUCCAAAUGCGGCAUGGGCAGCCUACUAUGCACAAUAUUACGGCCAACAGCCAGGGGGCGCAAUGGCAGCCCAGACUCCCGGCGGCCCUGCUGCAGCAGCACCAGGGGACCAGGGCCAAGUGGCACAGACCUCUGGAGGUCAGCCAGACUACACUAAAGCUUGGGAGGAGUACUAUAAGAAGAUGGGCAUGACUCAGCCAGCUGGAGGAGCAGCAGGUGCUCAAGGUGCAGCAGCACCCAGCGCAACAGCUGGAGCAGGGGGAGCUGCAGCUGGUGGACAGCAGGACUACAGCGCAGCCUGGGCUGAAUACUACAGACAACAGGCUGCCUACUACGGACAGGCAGGGCAGGCUCCUGGGCAGGCAGCUGCUCCUCAGCCAGGACAACAGCCCCAGUAAACGAAUGAUUUGGUCUGUUGGAUGAAUCGAUCUCUGGAUGUUUGUUUUUCCCAUUUUGCUUUAAAAAGGCAAAACCAUGGCUAACUAAUUCAUUGAGACAUUUUCUAUUCCAAUCUUCAUGAUUGUUUUUUAAUGUGACAAUUAAAGAAAGAAAAGGGAACGUGUUAUACCCACGUAUUGAACAAAGCACUAAAUGACUACCCUGCUUACUGUUUAGUUUGUUCCUUUACUCAUCCACACCUCUCUUAAUUUAUCUGAUUGCUUUUAAGUUUUUUGGGGGUUGUUUUUUUUUUUUUGUUUGUUUUUU